AAAAGCUGCUUUCCUUCUUUUUUGUUUUCCUCCGCUUUCUAUUUCCAAAAGAUCGUCUCUCUGUCUGCACGCUCUCUCUUCAAUAUCUGCUCAAAACCCAUUUCUGUUGUCCUUUGUUCCUCCAAUAUCUGUUUCUCAUGCCCACAAACGAAUCUUGCUUCUCUCCUCUUCACAUUUGUUGUCGCGUAAUUUGCUGGCUCCCUAGUUUUUCUUUUUCAAUUAGCUUUUACCUUCCGCUAUUCAUCUCCCGAGGCUUGAUCUGAUAACAAGUUGGUCUUCUGGGCGAUCCUCGUGAGAAUUUGAAGCUCAACUUUGUUCAAAAUUUGUUGGCAACAACUUUGGGAUUUGCUAUCCAGUUUGGUGAGCAAUUAUUGUGAUUCCAAUUGUUUUUAAUUCAUAACUGGUGGGGUUUGUGAUAUUGUUGUGUUUGAUGGGACCUUGACCUUGUUGCGGUGGAUUUAUUGCAUACUAAGAAUUGAGAGGAAAAAAAAAAGGUCAUCUUUUGUGCAGCAGAUCUUUCUACAUAGAUCUUGCCUUGUAUGAUUCUGGUAGCUUUUUAGCUUUAAUUAUUUAUUUUUUUUAUUGAAAAGAGGAAAGAGGAAGUCGGGUACUUAAUUUACCAUUGGUGCUUCAAUCUCAAGAAGGUCUUCCAGAAAAAGGGCCUUUCCAUGCUUGGAGAAGCCGAGUUUAUCAAGUUAUCUGUUAAUUAGUUUGUGAUUGGAGAAGGCUUUUCUGAUUUCUGAAUCUCGCUCGCAGAUCAUCAUUUUGCUGUUAUUUGAAAAAGGCUUUAUUUAAUUAAUCGUCGGGCGGUUAAUUGAAAAGGGUGCGUCAAUGCUAUGUUCUUUCGGCAAGUUUACGUAUUUAUCUGGCAAUCAGUUUGUGAUUUUGGAAGGCACUCUCACUCGUGGAACAUUAUAUGUGUUAUGAAUUGUUUGGCUUUUAGUCAAUAGCCGUUCAGAGAACUUUUCUAACGAUUCACAUUCCAGUGAUAUAAGGGUUAAUUCAGUUGAUAUAAUAUAGGACUUUAGAGAGUGAAUUCAUAAGACUCUUUGGGAUUUCACCAGCCAGUUCUGACGGAUCCUUCUUCUGAAAAUAAGGGUCGUGAUUGUCUGGCUGGUCUGGAGUGCAUACUAAAUAUUGUCAGGGCCCUCAGAAUGGGGUCCUGCUUGUCUGCGGAAGGCAGGAGCCCUAUCCCUGGUUCGCCCUCCUCUCCCGGUUUUGGGGUCCGGAAGAGGAAGAACUCCAAGAAGCGACCAGGCUCACGGAAUUCUUUGUUCGAUUAUCGGAGGGAAGAACCGCUGCACAGGAUUCCAGGGAGGUUAUUCUUAAAUGGAUCAAGCGAGAUUGCCUCAUUGUUUACCCAACAAGGCAAGAAAGGGACCAACCAGGAUGCCAUGAUUGUCUGGGAGAACUUUGGCUCAAGGACAGAUACGGUUUUCUGUGGUGUUUUUGAUGGCCAUGGUCCUAAUGGUCAUAUGGUUGCAAAGAGAGUAAGAGAUUCUCUUCCUCUGAAGCUGAGUGCUCACUGGGAAGUUAAUAUAACCAGUGAGGAUGUUCUGAAAGAGCUCAGCCUCAAUACCACUGGAAGCAUGAAUUCUGAAGAUACUGCUUUUGUAUCUGCUGAUGAAGAAUCUAGGCUGUCUGUCGAUCUUGGGGAUGCUGAAAAGCAACCAGAUAUAUUUCAGGCACUGAAAGAGUCUUUUCUGAAGGCAUUCAAAGUAAUGGAUAGGGAAUUGAGAUUCCAUGCAAAUAUUGAUUGUUUCUGCAGUGGAACAACAGCAGUAACACUGAUCAAAGAGGGUCAAUAUCUUGUCAUUGGAAAUGUUGGAGACUCCAGAGCUGUCCUGGGUACAAGGGAAAAAGAUGAUUCCCUUAUUGCAGUUCAGUUGACUGUGGACCUCAAACCAAACCUUCCAGCGGAAGCAGAUAGAAUUCGAAGAUGUAGAGGGCGUGUCUUUGCUCUUCUGGAUGAACCUGAAGUAGCCAGAGUCUGGCUGCCAAACCAUGACUCGCCUGGCCUGGCCAUGGCACGGGCUUUUGGCGAUUUCUGCCUAAAAGAUUUUGGUCUGAUUUCUGUGCCAGAGAUUUCUUAUCGAUGCCUCUCGGAGAAGGAUGAAUUUAUCGUCUUGGCUACAGAUGGGAUUUGGGAUGUCCUUUCAAACAAGGAAGUGGUGGACAUUGUAGCAUCAGCACCUUCACGUUCGUCUGCUGCUCGAGCCUUGGUUGAGUCUGCAGUUCGGGGUUGGAGAUAUAAGUAUCCAACUUCCAAAGUUGAUGACUGUGCUGUAGUUUGCCUGUUCCUGGACUCAAACACAAACAAUAUAUCUAUGGCUUCGAAUGUAAAAUCCCAAGAGCAGCCAACUUCAGCAGACCUAGUUGAUGGGGGCUGCGAGAAAGGCAAUGAUCUCCCCAGCCCAACUGGUCUGGACCGGUCAGGUACUGUCCGAACAGGGAAAGAGAUCUUCCCUGUCCCAGAAGGAGGUAUUGAAGACUCCUCAAUGCAAGAUGAAACGCUUGUAGAGUCGGGAAUAGAGUGGUCUGCUCUGGAAGGUGUGUCUCGUGUCAAUACACUAUUGAAUCUUCCAAGGUUCGUGCCUGGGAAAGAGGACGAGGGGGCAGCCAAGGGAAAGACGGUUUGAUUGGUUUCUUGAUUUUUCUUCUUUCUUUGUUAGCUUCUUUUUUUAUUUAGUCCCCAAUUUGGCAUUUUUGACUUCCUUGUUCAUAUGGCUCAGCUCCAACAUAAUGGGAAAAACAAGAUGAUAAUUUUGGACAGGGGAGUUGGACCCGGCUAUAUUAGCGUGUCUGGGAAAAUUGUUCUCUCUCUCUCUCAUGUGGGUAGAAUAGGAAUUUUGUAAGAUCCAACUCUCAAUUUUUUUACUUUUAAAAAAAUAAUGUAUGUUUUGUUCUGCUAUUUCUAUGGAUUGGAUAAUAAUCUUGUGAUAACGAAGCCUCUCAGUUUCGGCUUCCCUUGCCACCUUUGGCUUUGGAUGAUAA